AUGUGUACCAGAAGGAGGAACCUUGCUGGCCCAGCCAUGGAAUGUUUAGCUUACGAAGCUGCACAGCUUGGGAAGAUUGAUUUCCUGAGGGAUGGGGUGAACAUCUCUGAAAUUCUCCGCCAAGAAACAAUCCAGCGGAAAGACAAUCUUCUUCACAUUGCCGCGAAUUUCGGGCAGGUGGACUUUGCCAGAGAGGCCAUACGCUUGAAUCCAGGGCUUUUAAGUCAAGCUAACAUGAAAGGUGACACUCCAUUGCAUACUGCAUCGAGGACAGGCUGUUUAGGCAUGGUUGAACAAUUUAUUAGCAGCUCCAAAGCACUAUGUUAUGACAUUGAAAGGAUUAGGGAAAAUGCGCCACAGGAUUUGCUGAUGGUGAAUCAGGAGGGUGAUACAGCACUUCAUGUAGCAGUGAGAUACGGUCAUCUUGAUGUGGUGAAAUUAUUGGUAAACGCGGAUAUUGAAUUAAUGCUGCAUAUGUAUAAUAAGGCUAAUGAGUCCCCGCUUUAUUUGGCUGUAGAAAGAGGAUUUUUCGCCAUUGCAAAACAUAUCUUAAAUAAGUGUCCAACAUGUUCUCAUAGGGGCACCAAAGGCAUGACAGCUUUGCAUGCGGCUGUGGUUCGAACCCAGCAAGGAAUCAAAUAUGGCAAUUCAAUUCCGGUGCUGUCAUUAGAAAGACUUCGGAGCUCAACUCGUGAAUGUUCUUCGCGUUUAAAAGGAUACUUUAAAGAAAACACAUCGAGUCAAAAUAGCCAUGAACGUGGAAAUGAUGGUCCUCAUUUGAUAUCUUUAGAAAGGCUGCGACAGUUUGUUUAUAAUAUUGUUUUCAAGGUUCUAGAGUACCUUGGUGGACCUGUCUCAAAUCAAACUGAUGACAUUAUGGCAAUACUACUGGUCGAAAGGGAAGGUAUGAAGAUAGUUCUGCUCUUCACAUAG